AUGGCGGAAGGUCUUGGUCAAGUGGUCUCGUGGUAUAUAUGCACUGUUAUCGCAUGUCUGUUCCUCGCUUCCCGGCUGUGGAUCCGCGUGCGCCGCUUCGGCGGCCUUGGACCAGAGGAUGGCAUCCUCAUCCUCGCUGCAGCCUGCCUCAUCGCGGAUCUUGCUAUCCAGCAGUACAUGUGGAGCCUGGGAAUGGCAGAACUCCAGCGCGCGAGCCACAGCGACCUUGUUAAGAUCAUGAAGAUGAUUGUCCCUGGGUCCAUCCUGUACGUGUCGUCCUUGUGGGCCGUCAAAGUCGCCAUGGUUCUGUUCUACAAGAGGCUCGCGGCGCCUAAAUCCACGCUCCAGUUGAUCUACAACGUAGCUCUGGGACUGCUGGUCUUGUUUUGGGGCGUCAUUACAUUGCACAUCAUCUUUCAGUGCUUUCCCCACGACAAGAGAUGGUCCAAGGACCCAGCAUACAAAUGUGACCGCAAGAAUGGGGACAUAAAUUACUGGCUGACAGUCAUUUUAAAUAUCGGAACUGAUAUCGCUACUAUAAGUUUACCCAUAACAAUGGUCCUAAAGCUGCAGAUGAAACUCAAGCAGAAGCUUGCGGUAGCUGCAGUCUUUGCUCUGGGCUUCCUUGUGGUCAUCGCGGGCAUUGUUCGGGCAUACUACGCAAAACGGAAGGAGACCAUGCUGACCUGCACCGUCUCCAUGAUCGAGACGGCUGUUGCAAUCAUCGCUGCGUGUCUUCCCCCACUUCGCUCAGUCUUCCUCGGGCCUUCUUCAACUGCCAGAACAGCGUCAAGCUACCGACAGUACGAGCUCUCCGCACAGAACCACAGCCGAAAGACGAAUCAAGGACGAAUAACCACGAACAUUGUCGGUGGAACCCGAGAUAGGGGUUGCUCGGAGGAGGAGUUGGUGAAGGAGCUCUCCCGUACAGCUGAGAAGGCCGACUUGGAGAGCAGGAAUGACCUCAAACUGGACAGUGGUGUCAGGGUCACCAAGACGUUCCAGAUGCAACACGGGACGGACUCAGAGGCAUCUCUUCGAAGAGUCUAA